AACCCGCUGUGAUCAGCGUUCGGGAUCAAGAGGAUGAAUACAAGAUGAAAAACGGAGAGGGGUUCAUAGAGUUUGACAACUCGACUGCCGCCAGUAGCGUGUUGGAGAACUUGAACAAACUCCGCAAGAACAAGCAAUUCUGUGAUGGAGUUAUCCAGGUGUCAUCGAAGGUGGACACUCACGAGAUUAGCUGUCAUCGAGCUGUUGUAGCGAGCGUUUCGCCGUAUCUUUUCGAAGUUUUCAACCAGCGUGUCGAAAAUAACACCGCGGACCGAGCCCUGGCGGAUCACUGCGUUCUUAGCGGCGAUUACGACAUCGAUGUUUUCGAGAGCCUUGUCAAUUAUGCUUAUACCUCGAAGUUGGAAAUACCGAAACAGAAAGUCAAAGCUCUCUACCACGCAGCAGCCAAGCUCAAAAUAAACGCAGUGGUUAAAUUUUGUGGCGCGUAUUUGGUGGACAAUGUGACCGCAGAAAACUGCCUUGGAGUGCGCGCAAUCCUGACCGAUUCGUACCACUGUCACAAGGACCCGAUCACUCGUCUCGACUCUUUCAUCAAGCAAAACAUUGGCGAGGUUCUCAAAAGUUCCGAAAUCUCUUCUCUGAAACACAUCCAAGUCGAGCUCAUCCAGAGCAGCUGGGCUGAGAUGGAUAACACCAACGAGCGGCAUUUACUCGAAAUGGUUCUCGACUGGCUUCGAGCCACAGAGACGACUCUCGAGAUCGACCGUCUGACGGAAAAGGUCCACCUGCUGUAUUUGAAUCGGGAUCGAACUCUGCACGAUUGCAACGAUAUCGAGACUGGCGACGUCCGUGAUUCGGAGCUCGUGCAGGAUUAUAAGCGGCUUUCGAAGAAACUCCAUCAAAGCAACGGACAGGGUCACGCGAAGAGUAAAAGCAAGAAGGGUACGGCGAACAACAAACCUGCGAAACCGAAACAAUUCCUCUACACGAGAUCAGACUCGUCAGGCUCCAGCGAUGACGAGGAAUUCGACAGAGAUUUCCGCAUCAUUGCGACAACGAGCACCAGCGCCCACUCGACGACAGGACUGGCGAUCGUUAAUGGGAGCAUCGUUCUCCUAUCGACCGUUCGACGACUCAACCAUGGGGAAACACCUCCGGACCAAUCGCCGACCUCUCCGAACGGCCAGAGCAAUUCGCCGGUUCUUCAGCAAAUGUCGACGCUGCAAGCUAUGCCGAACCCUCGGUGCGGUCUGGGCGUUGCUGAACUCAACGGGAGCCUGUUCGUUUGUGGUGGUUACGAUAGAGUUGAGUGCCUCAAAUCGGUGGAAAUACUCAACCUGGCAGAGAAUCGCUGGAGCAAGCUCCCCGACAUGCAUAGCCCGCGCGGUCGAACCGACAUCGCCAACUUGAACGGGCUCAUCUACGCGGUCGGGGGCUCGGACGGAACGAAAGACCUGACAGCGUGCGAGGUUUUCGACUUUGAGCAGGAGAAGUGGCACUCGAUAGCUCCGCUGCCUUUCCCGAGAUCCCAUGCAGGAGUUUGCGCUUUCAAAGGAAAGAUCUACGUGAUCGGAGGCUCGAACGGCCUACGGGGCAUGACCCGUGUGGACGUAUACGAUCCCGAGAGCAACUCCUGGUCACUGGCGGCACCUCUGACAGUCAAAAGAUCGCAACCGGGCAUAGUUGUUCUCAAAGACUUCAUUUACGCGGUCGGUAGCGGUGAAGAGUGGAACUGCAGUCCCAGCGUGGAAAGAUACUCAGCUGAGGAAAAUAAAUGGAUUCCGUGCGCUCCGAUGCAACAAGCCAGACGAGGCUGUGGUGUAGCUUCUCUUCGAGGCCGCAUCUACGCCAUGGGCGGUCAUGAUGGCUCACAUUCCCUGUGCUCCGUCGAAGUAUAUGAUCCAACCACGAAUACCUGGAGUGCGGGACCUCCACUCACUACUUGCAGAGCGAACGUUGGCGCUGCCGUCGUCCAGGGCCGUCUCUUCGUCGUGGGAGGCUUCAAUGGAAAAACCUUCCUCAACACCUUGGAGACUUUGGACUGCGACGCCGAGGACGGGGAAGAGUGGACAGCUUUCGUGGAUAGGAACAAGUGGACGAGCGGAUCCCGAGAAAGUUCCUCCGGUAUUAGUGGUUGUUAGAACAAGCGGACGAUCUGUACUUUGAGUUUUAGAUAGGAACUAAUAAGAUCACGAAGAAAUUCUCGAUGCUCAUCGAUCCCUCAACUCUCGCGAUCCGAUUUGAUUUUCGAACGGACAAAUCUCGAAAUUUAUCAGCGUCGUCGGUCGAUUCAAAGAUGCAAUCGCGCCUCGGCUACGACGUACAUUCAAUGAAUUCUAACUCUCGCCUCGAUGCCGCGACGCACUUCCGAAACGUACACCGAGACUAAUAACUUGAAUUCCCUGGCUGGACUUGACUUUUCCCGUUUUGGUAUUCGGCUUGGGCGACUCCGGCUGUCCGUGAGCGAUGAUAUUCGUGCCGCGAGGCGGAAUUUUGUAGACAGUAUUCCUCGGUAGUUGUCCGACUGCUUCGAUCAGCCCUCUCCAGUCAGCCUGAGUUCUCGAACGAGUGAAUCGGGACCUUUCCACCACAAGGAGUGCCAUCUCAUAGAGGAAAUGGGACACAAUCAAUGCGUCGGUGCUUGAGAAUUUUCUUCACAUUGAGCAAGAAAUCGACGGGCAAGAAUCGCUCCCCAACCGUGAGUCAUAAUUUGAGAGAGCAUUCGUCGACUUUCUCGGAAUCGUUUCUUGACUUCCGAUUCCGAGAUGAACCAUGUUGGAGAGAUCCCGCUCGAUACGGAGAGCGAGGAAGUUGCUUCAUUCCGUUGACCAUGGCUCCGUGGACCACAGUCUCGAAGGAGAGCGCCAGAGGAGCGCCGUUCCUGCAAUCUCGAGUCUAUCUGUCCAUUUUUGUGACUCUACGGAAACCUAAACUCUUCCGCGCUCAGAGAACGACGAGCGAAAACAAUAGCCGGUCAGUUGAUAAUUAAAUUUCGUAUCGUCUUUGAAUGACCUCAAGCGGGAACAAUCGGCUCGGCCCAAGAAAGCUUGUGGAGAAUAUUCGGUACAAGGGUAUUUGGGAACCUAUCCUAUAUGGAGACCGGCAUUUUCUCGAAAUUCAAUCAAUGUUUUUCUGGAAUCCUUUGGUCGUCUAAUGUAUUUGGCCAAUCUCGGAAGUAGCUGCGCUUCUGUCUUGGAGCGAUCGACGGAGCUUCUGAGACCAGUGGUGAUGCGGCAGAUAGAGUAAGAACAGAAUCGCACCCUUGAGCUCGAACAAUUGACAUAAAGGAGUGUCUAUUUUUUAUGCUUCCUUUUCCUUGUAAAGCCCCCGCUUUGAACAAAUACAUGUAGCGUACCCUGAUGGGCAGGGGAACAAUGUUAUAUGUCGAAGACCGUGGACCUACAUCCUCAGGAGUCCGAACAUGAGGUUCCGUCGGGAGAAUAAUCUCUAGCUAUACCAUCUCACGGACUCAAUGUAGACAAUGGCUCAAGGAGCUCGACUUGAGGAAUGUUAAGAGCACGAUUAAGCGAAUAAA